GCGCGGUCGCUCGCCGUGACGUCACUUCCGCGCGGCGAUGGCGGAGGAGGCGGCGCGGCGGGCGGUGGCGGCGCUGCCGCUGCUGCGGGAGUCCGCGGGGCCGCGGGACCGCGAGGGCUGGGCGGCGCGGCUCAAGGAGGAGUACCGGGCGCUCAUACAGUACGUGGAGAACAACAAACGCGCCGAUAACGACUGGUUCCGCCUGGAGUCCAACACUGAGGGGACCCGGUGGUUCGGGAGGUGUUGGUACAUCCACGAGCUGCUCAAGUACGAGUUCGCCAUCGAGUUUGAUAUCCCGGUGACCUAUCCCGGCACUGCCCCCGAGAUCGCGAUACCGGAGCUGGACGGAAAGACCGCCAAGAUGUACAGGGGUGGACGGAUCUGCCUCAGUGACCACUUCAAGCCCCUCUGGGCCAGGAAUGUCCCCAAAUUUGGGUUGGCGCACCUGAUGGCACUGGGGCUGGGCCCCUGGCUGGCAGUUGAGGUUCCGGACCUGGUGACCAAAGGGCUCAUCCAACACAAGGAGAAAUGAGGGGGGGGGGCCGGGGGGGGCCGGACAGGGGGUGCUGGAC